AUGAAGAAGUUGGCUGAUUCAUCUGCAGGUGCCAAGUAUUCCUUCAUCCUUAUUCCAUCUUUCCAGAGUCCAUAUCUGGCAUGCAUGCAAUUCGAAAACCCCACUGUCUUCAAGACAAGUGCCAUCGUCGGUGGUUCGGUCAGUCUUUGUAUCAGUCUGGUAUUUGGCCAUUCGAGCUCUCCUGUCACAAGAGCAGUUCCCUGCCUUUACCCGACCAUCGUCGCACAACACUCCAUUAGAACACCUACGACAAUUGAACAAUACACCCGCUUCAAUCUCGAUUGUAAACACACUCAGUAUCUGUCCACAAGCAUCGAUACGACCAAAGAAGCACCUGUAUUUGAGGUGCUAAGCCAGCAUAUUUUUGUUUCUUUUCCUUUCUCUGCUUGUCAUUUGUCUUUUUGUCUUUUGGUCGGUUGGUCGGUUGUCUGGAACACCUUCAUUGUAUCACUUGUGGCGCCUUUCUUUGUGUCUCUUUAGAGAUCAAGACAAGAAAGAAAAGAGAAAAAGAUCUGGGGGUAGCCUUUUUUUUCUCUCUUUUCUUUGAAAGUAUUGGUUAUCUUAUUUCACCCUUCUUUUGGAUCCUGUAGUUAAUCCAACAACACAAGUAACUCCCCAAAAGUUAGUUUCAUUUCCCACACUUUUCUUUUUUUUUUCUUGCUUGCAAAAAAACUGAACAUAUUCUCGGGCAUCUGUAGUCCACAUUAUUUCUCAUAUUUUCUCUUUAUUUUAAUGACAAAAAAAAAGAAUAGCAUAGUACAGCAUAGUACAGAACCAUUCAACUUCCUAUAUUACCCAUACACUUGUAUAUAUAUAUAUAUAAAGAAAUAUUAUUUUUGAAACAAUAAACCAAGAAAUUCUAUUAUAAUAAUAAUAAU